CCUACACUUUCAAACAUCAAAGUUGCAAUGAGGUUUUAGAAUACAUAAAAUGCACCAUUUUCUAGAUGAUCUAUAAACAGUCCAUUUUGCAAAAUUCUAGGUAGACAACGCUAUAGCUAUAAAUAAUUUAUCUGUUUAAUUCACUCUGAAUACUCCUUUUGAAGUGAUGCUCCAAGAUGAUCAUCCACAAUACUGUCUUCAUGGCCAUGCAUGCCACCCAAUACACCCACCAGUCUCAUUCAUCCAUGCCAUAACAAUUUUUUAUCUAGCAUUUAACUAGCUAGCUAUACAUAUCCAGGUACUAUAUCGUGUUUUGUUUAUUUUUGCUGCUAAUAAAGCUUUUUCUCCUAAAAUCAGCCCAUGCAGCAAUUGUGUAGGUCCCACCAGUAAAAUUCAUUUGCCCUCCCUUGUGUCAUUAAUUUUAUUUUAGUGAUUUAUAUGGUUACCCUCAUUAAUUUUGUAAACAGAGUAAAUGAAACUUUAGUAUGUUAUUGCCAGUGACCCUGCUUAUAAAAUUAAUUCAGUCCAACCAGUAAAAUUCAUCACAGUUUACUUCCGAUCCUUUUACAAUUCUCAAUAGGAACAUUUUAACACAAGAUACAUUUAUUUAAAAAUAGUAAUUUAAAACUGUGAACUUGUGUGUUGUUUCCAGUAGAGAGCGAAAAGGUAGUUCUAAAGAGUUUAAAGCUCCCUUAAAGUUCCCAUGUAAUCUUACAGAAAUAUCUAAAUUAUUUUGCCAAGACAGCAGCCUACAAAGACCUUUCGGUCAUAAGUUGAACACUGACUCUUAUCUCAUCUGUCUUGAGCUAUCUUAACCCUAUGUUGACCUGAAGUGUAUGGUGAUGAGUUAAACGGAUUUUUCAGAUUUUUUGCUUUUAUUCUAAAAUUUCAAGCUUACCUCACACUUAGAAAAACGUAAUCGAAAAUCAACUUAAAGUAUUACAAAAAUAAUAUUUUUUUAUAUACUUGCUUGAUUUGUUUUGAGAAUUUAAAUAAAUUCCUUUGUGGAAGGGCUUGUGCAUCAUUUACCAGAUGGUUUCACUAUCUUAUUCGCUGCUCAGGAUUUUAUAUCUACAAAGCAGUUUUAUAUAUUUAUAUAUAUGCGCAGUUGUUUUUGUUUUGUUUUUUAAUAUUUGUAAGAGAUAUAUACUGAAGAUAAGCUUAUAGCAGGUGAUGAAUAUAAGCAAUAACUCUUUACUACUUUCCUCAUGGAAAACUCUGCAAAAGUGUAGGAAACGUACAAGAAUGCCCACAUAGACACAGCUUUUGUUGUUUACAAUUUGAGUUGGCAAGUGUUUUUUUUUUCAAGGUUCGAAUUAGAAAAGUAAGGUUGGUUAGCAAAAAUUUCGGCACUCUGUAACGAAGUAAACCAUCAUCUAGAUGUGGCCUGGGAACAUCAUAGAUAAAUUACUAUUGGCUAGUUUAUUACUACUUGUUUUUCGACAUACUCGACUCGUUUUUCGACGAGAAUUUGUAUUUUUUUGUGACCUGCGAGCUUUACUUUCCUGCCUUAUUUUUUUUUUGUUUGAGACAAGUGGGGGACGUUUAAACUCGUGAACCUCAAACCAAGAACUGACCGUAAAAAAGAAAAAAAAUGUUGGAUUGUUGAGAGACUAAACAACCCAAACUAAUUCGAAUACAAACAGUGAAAACAAAACUUUUCCAAGGUAAUCACUGUUAUUAUCUUGUAAAUGUUUAAAAUGUAAGUGUUUUAAACACUUUUCAUCACACUCAUGCUGACAGUAGGAACACUUUUUUAUAGAACAAAAAUUAUAAACAGGGCUGACUUUAUGAUAUUUUUUGUUAUAGCAUCAGUAUUUUGCAUCAUCCAUAUUUUGUAUCCUGUGUCCCACGUCCCAAAAUCAGGGUCUCUUAUCCCAGUGUCAGAGUUCCACGCCCCAAGUCUCACGUCUAGAGUCCCACUUGUAGAUUGCUUUGAAAAUUUAUAAAACAAUACCCUAGAAGGCUAAUACGGCUUCUUUACAGGGUAAUCCCCUUUAAUGUAAUCAGAUGUAAAAGUGGUCCUAAAAAGAUAAAAUAAAACAUGCGCAUAAAGCUUUUUUAAUAACAAUAGUUUUGGGCUUGAUUAUUUCAGGUAAUUAACAAGCCAUUAACCAUCGUGCUAAUACCUAAUGAGAUUUUAUUUUCAAUAAGUUUUACAAAAAAACUCACUGUUAUGAGAAAAAAAUUACUGUAUUGUUUUAUUGCAAAACUAUUGUUAAACCACUUGCAACAUAGCUCUGGCAAGAUCAUUAAAGUAAUUACCUAUGAAGUAACCAUAACUUGUUCUAAAAUAAUGAAAACGCAAAAUUCACUGUAUUUUGUGUGAAUAAUCAUAAUAACUCAUCCUGCUUAAAAUCUCUAUAUUGAGUCCUAAAAUAAGCAGAGAAAACCAAUGAAGCUUAACUGUUGCUGCAUUGUGAAAUGAAAAAUAUAUACAAUCUCAAUAUUUUACUAAAAAAGUUAUAAAAACAUUCUUGCUUUAAAAUUGCUGAAAUACUCAAUGAUUAUAUUUCCACAUUCUACAAACCAGUUGUGAUGUUUCUUAUGAAACCUUCCAUUAGUCAUGUUUGUGCUUUCCUUAAUACAAUUCUCGUGAUUUGUACACGAUCUACGACAAUUUUGCUUUUAACAAUCCAGUUUCCAAUGCUUUUUCAAGCGAUCCACAAAUUGUUUUUGUUUUGGUGAUCCCGUUAAGACAGUCUUUAAAUGCCUUACAGAGGUUUUUUUUUUUGUUUUUUGCAAUCAUGUUUUAAUUUUUUUCAAGUGAUCUACUUUGCCUUCUUUAUUUUGUUUUAAUAGUUUUCGACAAGUUACAUUGGGUUUUUCAAGAAGUCUGUUUGGAUUUAAAUAAAUAUUGAUUUGUCACAUUUAGCUUGGCUAACAUUGAUUAAUAAUAAUUUUUCUUGUGUUUUUUAGCUUUAACCAUGUUCCAUCUUGCAAAAACCUUGUCUUUUGGGACACCAAUUUUAUCUAUUGUUAUUUAUUGCAAGAACAGAAAGAAUCUUUUUUCCACUCAUGUUCAAGCAGCUGAAAAUGAAAUGUGCUUAAUUGUCUUGGUUACUCAGUAAAAACACACUUAUUAAUCGAGAAUAUUGUAUUAUGGCACAUUUUGGUAUACAACAUCAUCCGCAUGGAACGCAAUUUGUAAAUUUGGGGAAUGGAUUGGGAUGCCGGCUUUAACCAUGUUCCAUCUUGCAAAAACCUUGUCUUUUGGGACACCAAUUUUAUCUAUUGUUAUUUAUUGCAAGAACAGAAAGAAUCUUUUUUCCACUCAUGUUCAAGCAGCUGAAAAUGAAAUGUGCUUACAACAGGUUCAAGUUAUCUUUCGACAUGGUGCACGGACACCACUAGUAAACUUAAAUUAUUCUUAUGAUAUUCCUAAUAUUGAAGAGUCAAUCUGGGAUGCUGAAUCUUUAAUGCAAAAAAACUCGAAAGUGGAUGUUAGAUAUAAAUUAAUGCUAGACAAUGGCAUGGAAGCUUCAAAAUCAGAAGCAGAAAGUGUAUACUUAAACCGUGGAACAUUGCGGGGUGGCUGUUAUACAGGCCAGUUAACAGCAAUUGGCAAAGAAGGAAUGUAUAAUGUCGGCAAGUUACUAGCUAAAGAAUACAUUCAUAAACAUGACUUGAUAUCUCCUGUGUACUCACCAACUGAAGUUUAUGUCAGAAGUUCAAAUAUUAAAAGAACAAUUUUAUCAGCUACUUCACUGUUAGCUGGGCUCUAUGGCAAAGAAAACAUCCCAGAACCUGUGCAAAUGUUUACCAAACCGCCAACAGAAGAAGAUAUCUACCCAAAUUGGGGACAGUGCAAUAAUUUAAAAAUAUGGGCAAAUUAUGUUAUGAGGAAUCAUGAUUGCUUGCCUGGACAUAAGGAAGACCAAGAAAAAAUCCAUAAAUUGAUUGGUGGUGAAGAUGAUAAGCCUCUUCAUUUUAUUGCUUUACUUGAUUACAUCUAUUGUCGAAAGGCACACAGAAUACCUAUUCCUCUUGAUUUACUUGCUGAAGAAAAGCUCAUUGUAAAAAGGGCUUCGGAACUACAAGCUCAUGUGAUUGGUGGAGAAAACAAUUCAAUGUUAGCAUGUGGUAUUGGAUCACUUAUCAAUACUUUCUGUUGUCGUAUUACAGAAUGGAUAAAUGAACCCAGGGAAUCGAAGUUGUUAUUAUACUCUGCACACGACACUACAUUAAUUGCUAUACUUAAUGUAUUGGAUGUUUUUAAUAAGCAAUGGCCACCGUUUGGGUCUUAUCUAGCGUUGGAACUAUACAAGCGAAAGGAUUCAAAGUUUUUCAUUCGCGUAGUGUAUAAUGGAGAAGCAUUGAUUGUGGACAAAGAACAUGGAAAUGAAUUUAUUGCUGUGGAUAAAUUUUUAAAUUUGGUUGGUAAAUAUCGCGUAGAAGACUGGGCACUAACAUGUGGAAAUAAAGCACCCUAAAGACAACAAUAUUUUCGAUGUAACAAAUUUUUGUGAAUAUUCUCUAUUUUUGGCAAAUAUCACAAAAUAAAUUUUUAUGGUUGCUAAUCUUCGAAUAAAGACCCAAGCUAAAUUUGCAUGAAACUAUACUUUAUGUUAAAAAAACUAAUAAGAGGGCCAGAUUACUCACUUUGUCCCCAGGUUGCUACUGGUCUAUUAUUUAAUCAUUUUUAAAUAAAAUCUACUCGAAACAGCAGGUAAAUUCUGCGAAAGUUGAUAAACACGUAAUAGCGUUUAUUUCAGGAUUUACAGUAUUCUAGAAAUCUAUUCUGUUAAAUAUUUGGAUAAUGCCUUAAAAUAUGUUUUUUUUUUUCGAGGUUGAAAACGCUUCUUACUGAAAAAAUACAUUCUAAUCCAUUCUUAUUUACUAUGAUACGUUAUUGUUACAAAUUUGUAUUAGUCUUUUCUAACCUUUGUCAUCAAGGUUGUCGCUUUUUAGAAUUUACAAAACAUUAAAAAAAUGGACAGGAUAAGUUUUUUUUUAUCAUAGCUAUAUUUUUAAAUUAUAUUGUAGUUUUUUUUAGUAUAUAUUUUUAAAUUUUUUAAAAUUAAUAUACAAGAAGUUAUUAAGAAAUUUAAUAUACAAGAAGUUAUGAAGAAAUUUAAUAUUUUAGGCAUGUGUGGGAUCGCUUUCUCUUAUAAUUUUGAAUGCAUUUCUUUGCACUAUUUUUAUGAAUCGUCAGUGAAGUGAAUUUAUGCGAAUACAUAUUAUUAAGUAUUUGAUUUUUCCUUUUUCUUUUAGAAAUUUUUUUGAAAAUGAUUUUGAUAAGUAAAUAUCGUAAAUACUUACGUUUUGACACCUUUACUUUUAAGCUUUGAUCUUUUUUCUUACGCAAUGAGAGGGUUAAAAGACAACUAAUUGUAAAACAAAAUAUUAGAAAAUAAAUGAAAUUAUUACGCAGCUUAUCUCUUGCGUUUAAUUUUGUGCAUCCUUAUAGCGCAUGUGCGUGUCUUUUUGUAACAAAUUACAGCUAGAAAUAAAUCCAACCCGUCCCCAGGACUCUUCACUUUUAUGAGAGUCCUAGGAACAAGGUUGUGGAAAGAACUAUGUUGACAUUUCCGUGUAACCAUUUUUUACUGGGAUUAUUUCACCCCGUUUGGACACAUAGUUGAACAAAAUUUUUUAAAGAAGGAAAACUAAGUUUUUAAAAAAAUUGCUU